CUUUAUGAAGCCAGGGGCGGAGCGUGGAAAACCGCAUUCAGGGCUAAUCCGGCCGGGCACACGGAGCAGAACCGGAGUUGGAGUGAGAGAAGACCGCAGCUGUGUUGUUUUGGUCGUACAUAUUCGAUUAGAAGAUGACGUACCAAUUUCCCGCACUCACCCCUGCCCAGAAGAAGGAGCUGUCUGAAAUAGCUUUGAAGAUCACCUGCCCUGGUAAGGGUAUCCUAGCUGCUGAUGAGUCCGUGGGGAGCAUGGCCAAGCGACUGAACCAGAUUGGUGUAGAGAACACUGAGGAAAACCGACGUAUCUACCGGCAGAUCUUGUUGACUGCUGAUGAUCGUAUCAAAGAUUUUAUUGGAGGUGUCAUCUUCUUUCAUGAAACUUUGUACCAGAGCACUGAUGAUGGGACACCCUUUGUAAAUGUGAUCAAAGACAAGGACAUUGUUGUAGGAAUCAAGGUUGAUAAAGGUGUUGUACCCUUGGCAGGAACCAAUGGAGAAACUACAACUCAAGGUCUGGAUGGAUUGUCGGAGCGUUGUGCUCAGUAUAAGAAGGAUGGAGCGGACUUUGCAAAGUGGCGUUGUGUUUUGAAGAUCACUGACACAACCCCAUCCUCCCUUGCUAUUGCUGAAAAUGCCAAUGUCCUGGCACGUUAUGCCAGUAUCUGCCAGCAGAAUGGCAUUGUUCCCAUUGUGGAGCCAGAGAUCCUUCCUGAUGGUGAUCAUGAUCUGAAGCGAUGUCAGUAUGUCACAGAAAAGGUGUUGGGUGCAGUUUAUAAGGCCUUAAGUGAUCACCACAUAUAUCUUGAGGGAACCCUACUGAAGCCCAACAUGGUGACAGCAGGAUAUGCCUGUCCCACCAAGUACAGCCCUGAGGAGGUUGCCAUCGCCACAGUCACUGCACUGCGGCGCACUGUACCACCUGCUGUCCCAGGAGUCACCUUUUUGUCUGGAGGGCAGAGUGAAGAGGAAGCCACCAUCCAUCUUAAUGCUAUCAACAAAUGUCCAUUGCCAAAACCAUGGGCACUGACCUUCUCUUUUGGCCGAGCUCUACAAGCCUCCGCAUUGAAUGCCUGGCGUGGGGAGCAGGAUAACCUGCAGGCAGCUCAGGAUGAGUUCAUGAAGCGUGCGGAGGUUAACAGUUUGGCUUCACUCGGGCAGUAUGAGGCCAGUGGCGAGAGUGACGGUGCAGCUAGCCAAUCUCUCUACAUAGAAAAUCAUGCUUACUGAAAGGAAUCCACAGGAAAAUCCAAAUAAAAAGGAAUGAAAAAGUUUUAAAUUCUCA